AUGGGGUCUUUGUUUGAUCUGUUUUUUGUUGCUUCAAUGCCUAUAUUGAAGGUUCUUUUGAUUACUGCCUUAGGCUUAUUUCUUGCUCUUAAUCGAAUCGAUGUAUUGGGAGAGACAGCCACACAUGAACUCAACAAAGUCGUGUUUUAUGUUUUUGGACCUGCACUAGUAGGUAGCAACUUGGCUAAGACAGUCACCAUUAAAAGCUUUCUUACCUUAUGGUUUAUGUUAGUGAAUGUCCUGCUUACAUUUCUGUUGGGAUCAGCAAUGGGUUGGAUACUUGCUAAACUUACAAAACCUCCAAAGCACGUAAAAGGCCUCAUUUUGGCUUCUUGUUCUUCUGGAAACCUUGGGAAUAUGCCUAUCAUCAUUCUCCCCGCAAUGUGCAAAGAGAAAGGUAGUCCGUUUGGAGCAGCUGAUGUAUGCGAGCGCUAUGGUCUGGCUUAUGCUUCACUUUCCAUGGCGAUUGGGUCCGUAUACUUUUGGCUAUAUGCUUACAACAUUGUUAGGAUCUCUUCCAAGGAAGCAAUAGCUAACACUGGUGUGAUUGCCGAAACAUUUGUACUGAAUGUCCAGCCAGAAACAGAACCACCCUUACAGUCUUCAGAGUUUUCUCUUCAAAUUAAAUCAUCAUCCAGGAUAAAACAAUGCUUAAGGAUCAUCUCCCAAGAAUUCAACCUUAAGGCGGUAUUAGCACCUUCAACUAUAGGAGCGAUGGUUGGAUUUAUUAUUGGGACGAUAUCUCCACUUCGUAAGCUUCUAAUGGACAAUGUUGCUACUCUCCAUGUUGUUGGAGACACAAGUUUCAUGAUUGGAGAUGCGGCCAUCCCAUGUACUACCUUAAUUCUCGGAGCCAACCUUCUGAGAGGUUUAAAGGGAUCAGGAAUUCAAGUUAGUGCAGUUAUGGGAAUAAUCGCAGUUCGGUACAUUUUCCUACCAGUGCUGGGCAUUCUUAUCGUCAAGGGAGCUGUUGUAGCUGGCUUUGUCCAAUCUCAUGAUAUAUUCUUUCAGUUUGUUCUUCUCCUUCAAUAUGCCCUCCCACCGGCAGUGAGCAUCGGAACAGUGACAGAACUGUUUGGAGCAGGUCAGAAAGAAUGUUCAGUCAUCAUGCUAUGGACUAAUGUUUUAGCACCAGUUACACUCACUCUUUGGUGCACCUUCUUCCUCUGGUUUCUGUCUUAACCAGUCAUGACGCUUUUCAGAACUGAAUCGCUUUCUCUUUAAACAACUUACAGCGCCUGACUAGUGGAAGUAUGAAACUAUGUACUAAUGCACUAGGCAUUUCUUAGAACCUGCAGGAGAGUGGAUACCAUAAUACAGAAAGUAAUAU